AAAUUCAAUAGCAAGUUGCAUACAAAUUGUCGUAAAAAAUGGAAAAGUCCGAAGUUGACGGAAAUUUGACGAAAAAUUCAACGAAACUUUUGUACAUUAAACUUUUGCUCAAGCAUACUUACUAUUAGGGAUAUUUAGGAAUGUUUUCGAAAACAAACAUCGAUGUAUUACCCUGAUAGCCACCCUAACCGUAAGUUAACUACAAGCUACUGCCGUAUUCUAAAGGUAACUUGAAGGAAAGUGUUGGAGAGCAAGCAGUUACCUUUAAGUUGACAGUAAAUUGUCUGUAACUUUUUACUCAAUUUGACUACAAGUGUUAAUGUCAGACAAUGACGUUAAGUUGAUUGAAAGUUUCACUUCAAAUUGACGGCAAGUGUUUCUGUUAAGUUAGAUUCAAGCUACUGCCGUAUUCUGAAGCCAACUUAAAGGAAAGUAUUAUCCAGCCAAGCUUGCCAAAAACUUUCUCGUUAAGUUAGCCGAAAAUGUUUCACUGCAGACCUUACUGAGUAAGGUGUGGCUAUCAGAAAUACUAGACAAAAACUGGAUUUCAUUUCUACUAUAGUGGCUGCACUGGGCAUCGACCAUGAACCAGCAGAUGAUCUCCGACGCUCCCGAGAACAAGACGUAAGAACAUAUUCUCUUUACAGCAGAUAAGCUCUCAAAAAUUUAUUAUUUUCUUCUGAAAAACUCUCGAUCACACAUGUAGAGCGGACAAUUUUUACGGAUAAUUACAUAUUACUGCUUAGUAAGUUAUUUGAAAAGGAAAGCGAAUUUUUAACACCGACUGUCUACGCUGAGUCACAAUCUCAAAAUCACUGCGAUAAGAACGACAGUAAAAUGGAUGUUGAUGUAUCUGUUGACAGUACAAGUAAACAAUCACUGUACGAUGCCAUAGUUGAAAACAACAUAGAACGCGUUAAAAAUUUAAUAAAGAGUGAGUUCGGUGUAAACUUUACUUUUGAAGAUGGAACUACACCAUUAUUUCUAGCUGUAAUAAAAAAAAAAAUAGAGAUUGCAAUAUAUUUGAUAGAUGAAGGUGCCAAUGUAAAUGCUAUUUGUCGAUCUACAUUGCCGUUAUUUCCAGCUAUUGAACGCCGUGUAACGUACUAUUCGAUACUACAUUUAGCUAUCGAGGAAAGCGACGAUAAAAUAGCGAAAUAUUUAGUCGAUAAAGGUGCUAACGUGAAUGCUGUUUGUAAUGAUAAAUCACCAUUACAUUCGGCUAUUAAUCGCACUAAAACUGACAUAGCUAGAUAUUUGAUAGAUAAAGGUGCUAAUGUAAAUUUUAUUUCGUACAAUUUAACGCUACUACAUUUAGCUAUUGAAAAAAAAAACGAUGAAAUAACGAAAUAUUUAGUCGAUAAAGGUGCCGAUGUAAAUCGUGUUUGUGAAGGUAUAUCACCAUUAUAUCUAGCUAUUCAUUGCGAUGCAACAGAAGUAGCUAAAUAUUUGAUAGAUAGAGAUGCCGACAUAAAUUUAAUUUCGAAGAAGUAUUCAAUGCUACAUUUAGCUAUUAAGAAAAAUAACAAUGAAAUAGCGAAAUAUUUAGUCGACAAAGGUGCCGAUGUAAAUCGUGUUUGGGGAGAUACAUCACCAUUAUAUGAAGCUAUUUAUCACCAGGCAACAGAAGUAGCUAAAUAUUUGAUAGAUAGAGAUGCCGACAUAAAUUUUAUUUCGAACAAUUUAACGCUACUACAUUUAGCUAUUGAGAAAAGAAACGAGGAAAUAGCGAAAUAUUUAGUAGAUAAAGGUGCCGAUGUAAAUCGUGUUUGUGAAGGUAAAUCACUAUUAUAUUUAGCUGUUUAUCACCGUGCAACGGAAGUAGUUAAAUAUUUAAUAGAUAGAGAUGCUAACAUGAAUUUUAUUUCUACUAAUUUAACGCUACUGCAUUUAGCAAUUCGUAGAAAAGCCGAUGAAAUAGCGAAAUAUUUAAUCGAUAAAGGUGCCGAUGUAAAUCGUGUUUGUGAAGGUAUAUUACCAUUAUAUCUAGCUAUUCAUUGCGAUGCAACAGAAGUAGCUAAAUAUUUAAUAGAUAGAGAUGCCGACAUAAAUUUAAUUUCGAACAUGUAUUCGAUGCUACAUUUAGCUAUUAAGAAAAAUAACGAUGAAAUAGUGAAAUAUUUAAUAGAUAAAGGUGCCGAUAUAAAUCGUGUUUGUGGAGAUACAUCACCAUUAUAUGAAGCUAUUUUUCACCAGGCAACAGAAUUAGCUAAAUAUUUGAUAGAUAGAGAUGCCGACAUAAAUUUUAUUUCGCACAAUUUCACGCUACCACAUUUAGCUAUUCAGACAAGAAACGAUAAGAUAGCAAAAUAUUUAGCAGACAAAGGUGCCGAUGUAAAUCGUGUUUGUGAAGGUAAAUCACCAUUAUAUCUAGCUAUUCUUUGCGAUGCAACAGAAGUAGUCGAAUAUUUACUAGAUAGAGAUGCCGACGUAAAUAUUAUUCCGGACAAUUUCACGCUACUACAUUUAGCUAUUCAGACAAGAAACGAUGAAAUAGCGAAAUAUUUAGUCGAUAAAGGUGCCGAUGUAAAUCGUGUUUGUAAAGGUAUAUCACCAUUAUAUCUAGCUAUUCUUUGCGAUGCAACAGAAGUAGCUAAAUAUUUAAUAGAUAGAGAUGCCGACAUAAAUUUAAUUUCGAACAAGUAUUCGAUGCUACAUUUAGCUAUUAAGGAAAAUAACGAUGAAAUAGCGAAAUAUUUAGUCGAUAAAGGUGCCGAUGUAAAUCGUGUUUGUAAAGGUAAAUCACCAUUAUAUCUAGCUAUUCAUUGCGAUGCAACAGAAGUAGCUAAAUAUUUGAUAGAUAGAGAUGCCGACAUAUAUUUUAUUUCGGACGAUUUCACGCUACUACAUUUAGCUGUUCAGACAAGAAACGAUGAAAUAGUGGAAUAUUUAGUCGAUAAAGGUGCCGAUGUAAAUCGUGUUUGUGAAGGUAUAUCACCAUUAUAUCUAGCUAUUCAUUGCGAUGCACCAGAAGUAGCUAAAUAUUUAAUAGAUAGAGAUGCCGACAUUCAUUCAAUUUCGAACAAGUAUUCGAUGCUACAUUUAGCUAUUCAGAGAAAAGAAGAUGAAAUAGCGAAAUAUUUAGUCGAUAAAGGUGCCGAUGUAAAUCGUGUUUGUGGAGAUACAUCACCAUUAUAUGAAGCUAUCUAUCACCAUGCAACAGAAUUAGCUAAAUAUUUAAUAGAUAGAGGUGCCGACAUAAAUUUUAUUUCAGACAAUUUUACGCUACUGCAUUUAGCUAUUCAGACAAGAAACGAUGAAAUAGCGAAAUAUUUAGUCGAUAAAGGUGCCGAUGUAAAUCCUGUUCUUGAAGAUACUUCACCAUUAUAUCUAGCUAUUCUUUGCAGUGCAACAGAAAUAGCUAAAUAUUUAAUUAAUAAUGGAGCUGAUGUCAACGGCAUGGUAUACAAAAGACGACUUUUAGACACAGCGCUUUAUAGCAAUAGCAAUGAUAUUGUUGAACAUUUACUUUUAGCUGGUUUUGAUGUUAAUGCGAAAGAUGGACAUGGAAAUGUGGCCGCUGAUUUUUUUGCAGAAUUCCAUGCGUUUACUGAUCCUGUGAGAGUGCAUAUUGUUAAAUUGAUUGCUGCUGAUUUUUACAUGUGUGAAGAAAAUAAGAUGGCUGUUGCUAGAAGAAAAUAUAAUUCAUUACGUGAUUCAUGUGCAGAAGAAGUUGAAUUGAUGAAACAGAAUACAUUUACGGGAAGUACGCUAACGUAUUAUGAUUUAUUACGUAAGCCGCUUUAUAAAUCAGCUUUGAAACUAAAAUUUUUGUUUCAAAAUAAUCCUGAUGCAAAAAAUAUAGUAGCAUCUGGCUUGAAAUUUUUAUCACGGAUUCCUAAUUAUAAUGAAAUUAUUCAGUUCCGUAUAUAUAUGGCAUUACAAAGAGCUCAAUUAUUGGUCCAAGUCGAUGACUUCGUUAUCGAUAUUUGUCGAGGUUUAUUAUUAGAUCCAGAAGUCGUAAGAGAAGUUAUUCAAUAUUCAACACAUAGGGACCUAAAAUUACUAUGUAAUUCUUCAUAAGGCGUCUUAUUUAUUCUCUACUAUUUUAUUCCCAAUAUUUAAUCCUUAACUACUAUUUUUAUUUUUGCAUUUGAUUUAAAAAUGAAAAACAAAAAUAAAAAAAAAUUGUAAGUUUUAAAAUUCGUUUAAACAAACUGUAAUAAAUGAAAAGAAUAAUUAUUGGAUCAAAAUAUAAUUCUAAAUAUAUGUUAGUACAGUUGUGAUACAAAUAAAUAUCUACUAUAAAAU